AUGGGAAAGACAUUCCAAAAGAUCCACGCUUGCUCGGCAGGCAAGUUUCCGAAGGAUGGGCAGAAGAUACCGCAAUGGAUCACCGCGAAUGGGGGACAAUAUUCAUCGACCAUUUGCCGUAGUGUAACCCAUCUCAUCACCACUCUUGAGGCAUAUAAGAAGAACAUCCAGCCAGUCCGCGAAGCAAAGGAGCACGGCAAGAUCAAGAUCAUCACCUUCGACUGGCUCGAGGAUUCCCUGCUUUCGAAGGACAAGAAGCCGAAGCGGGUCACUGAAUAUCUUCUGAAAACAAAAGUGAAGAAUGAGCAGAAGAAAGAGAAGUCGGCUCGCGAGGCUUCUCGAAAUACGAAGUCAGCGGACCCUGGCGCCACGAUGAAGAAGAAAGGAGCUGCGAAGAAGUCUACUGGAAAAACCAAGAACCCAGACCCUUUUGGCAAGGCCACUAGCAAGCUCCGGGCUGGAAGUGCCGUGGGAGUCAGAUAUGACAUUGUCCUCGUACGAAUGAUGCUCUCGAGGAAGUCGAGAGAGAAGAUUCACAUUAAGAUCUACGAGUCCAAGGACGAACCGCACGUUUACACUACACACUUCGAGUACAGUCGUGCUGGAACCUCCUCGUUCAAGCUAUUGACGCCUCUGGGAACCAAUUUGAAAACGGCCAUGGGUGCGUUUGAGGCAAAGUUCAAGAGCAAGGCCGGUACAGACUGGGCCAAUAGGUCUGAUGGGAUAGUACCUCUCCCGAAGCUGGACGAAGAAGGGAACCAGCUGCCCGCACAUCAGGGCUGGUAUUACUACGAGGAUAACAGAAGCAUAUUGUCUCGUUAUCUUCAGUCGGAGGCUACCAGUACGGUGGACGAACAAGAAACGCUCGUCCGUCGCGACGAAGGUGCUGGAGACCCGAAUGGAAUUUAUGGUGCUGACAAAUCUUCUGAUCUGCACGAAUUGAAGGUAGAAAGUCAGGGAGCAACUACGGACUCUCGAUUGGGGGAAGAUAGUGCGAGAUAUGAUGGGGAUGAUGAUGGGCUGGGCUUGGCUGAAAACUAGGCGAUCGGAGUGGAUCAAGCUUGAGAAAAGGCAGAACAUGCAGUUACUAGGUAAUUAUAAGGUGCUUCAUCAGAUGUCCUCGUCGAGGGGUCUAAAUGUGCUAGCCAGCCAGAUUAUAUACUGGGCAAAAUGAUGAAGAUGAAGAUCAGUGAUUUAUGUUCUUUCCGAUGGG